CUUGAAGGACAAGAAAUAAUGUAGACAGAUGAUUAACAAACCAGCUGGACAGUGUUGGUAACACAAACCAACAAGUAACGUGAGCAUUUAAAUUUGAUUGAAAGACUGACAAGAAAAUUAUUUUUCAGCAGCUAUGCGUCUGGCAGUUUUACGGUUCCUGGCUGGAUUUUUUGGAGCUGUAAGCUCAAUGUUCCUCCUGGGAUCUCUUGGGUCCGAUUACUGGCUUUUGGCAUUUGAAUCUUGUGAUCAUGCGGCUUUUUUCAGUAUCUCUCAAACACAGCCAGACAGUAGCAUUCAGGCUGAAAAUCCCCUACUGUUCUACCAUGAGGGCCUCUUCUGGAGAUGUUCUUAUAGCAGUGCAAAUGGAGAGCAGGACAGCAUGUUGGCUUUCUGGAUCACCAAUCAGCCAUCCCAGAAGGUUUGCAUGCCAGCCUACUUGUCUCAUGCUCCCACCUCAGGACUUCUAACCUCCGACUCUGUCACAGUGCAAAGGGCCUUUUGGUGCGUUAUAUUUGUGCUGGGAGUCCUCUCUGUGAUGAUUGGGGGGUUUGUCACAAUCUGUGCAACCCCUGGGACCAGCCAUCGCCUUUAUGAGGCUGGAGGGGCUCUCUUUAUAACCGGGGGUGUCUUAAUCAUGUCUGUAGUGCUGUUGUUUGCUGUGUGGGUGCAGGUCUCGGACUCUUUAGAGCGGUACGGCCUCCAGCGCAGACACUUAGUGUGCCCCCAUCUGCAGCUCAGUGUGCACUAUGGUCCGUCUUUUAUGCUGGCUCCCACUGCUGCCUUCCUCUGCCUGCUCACUGGCCUACUUCUCCUGCUCAUUCCAUCAGUCAGCAGAGCAUUGGCCAGGGACACAGAGAACCAGCCGUUAUCACUGCGGGAAGAAUGUGUGUAGUGUUGUUGUGUAUAUAUGAGAAUGACUCUUUCCCAAUAUACCCAUAAAAAUGAAAAUUCUGUCAUCAUUCACUCUCUCUUAUAUUGUUCUGAAUGUUUAUGGUUGUCUGCCUUAACCUCCUGGGUCCCACUGUCCAGGUACGAGGGCAUAUUUUAGUGAUUUUCUCUGACACCAUACAUGUCACAGUUUUAGCACAUUCAGGGCUUUUCAGAGAUACCAAAUGUUUGGAGGUUUCACCAGGACAACAACUUCUUCUUGGUCUGUAAAAAUGGUCAAAUUUAGCACAAUCAACAUCUCAGGAAAAAUGUUAUGGGGUUUUUAAUAAAAAUAUGACUUUCUGUUACAA